GAGGCGAAGAUUUUGUUCGCGGAGGCGGAGGAGAAUAAUUUGGGCCUCAAGGUGAAGCAGGCGAGGUGGCGGCGGUGGUCCUGGUGUAGCCUAUGCGAGCAACAGUACCACGGCGUCGUGAAGUGCGCGCUCGGGUGGGCGUGCUGGAAGACGUACGUGGGGCGGCCAGAGAUGGACAAUGCCCGGUGCUUCGCAAUAAACGUGCUUGGGGACGGGUUAUUCGUCGCAAAUCACUGUGAGGACGCGUUGACCGUGAGAGAGGCGGAGUUGUCGAUGGAGCGGCGCCGUGGCGCGUCAGAAGAACACAUCCUCGCCGUGCAGGGCAAUCUAGCGGCCACGUAUCAAAAGCUUAGACGGUUUGAAGAGACCAGUCAGAUGCUGCGAGACGUAUACUCUGGACAUUUGAGGCUCCAUGGCGAAGAAAAUAUUCAAACCAUCUCGAAUGCCAACAACUACGCGGUGUCGCUUAAUGGUCUACAGCGCUUCGAAGAAGCCAAGGCUCUGUUGCGCAAAAUGAUUCCCGUGGCGCGACGCGUUCUUGGGGAGAGUAAUACUAUCACGCUGAGGAUGAGGAAAGUUUACGCGGCGGCGCUCUACCUGGACACCGGCGCCACGCUCGAUGAUCUCCGCGAGGCCGUGGAGACGCUUGAGGAGGCGGAACGCAUCGCGAGGCGCGUGCUCGGCGGCACGCACCCGCUCACCUCGUCGAUUGAUGAAGCCCUGCGAAACGCGCGAAAAGUGCUCCGCGCCCGCGAGACGCCAUCGCCGCCAGGGAGUGCGUAAGAAUGGUACACGCGAAGAAGACGACAGGCCCACGCAGACGCCGUCGGCUCGGGAGGACACUCUUGUGAAUUAAACCGCUCCGGUACUUAGUCACAGCAGACACCGAAGCUGAAAGCGACGGCGCGGGUUUGGGAGGGGGCGU